AUGGCUCCGGAGUAUGCUUCUGAGGGUAUAUUCUCAAUCAAAUCUGAUGUAUUCAGCUUUGGUGUUUUAAUUCUUGAGAUCCUUAGCGGGAAAAGGAAUUAUGGUACCCGUCAUUGUGGAGCGUUCAUCAAUCUCUUCGGAUAUGCUUGGCAGUUAUGGCAAGAUGGGAGAUGGGCAAAUAUUGUUGAUGCGUCAUUGCUUCCCAUGUGUGAACCAACAGAAUUGAUGAGGUCCAUUAAUAUCGCACUACUAUGCGUACAAGAGAAUGCUGUGGAUCGACCGAACAUGUUGGAUGUUACUGCAAUGCUAAGCAGCAAGACUAUGAUCCUGCAUGUGCCUAAACACCCAGCGUAUUUUAAUCUAAUGGUAGGCAAUGAAGAGGAUUCAUCCACUACUAAGUCUUGUAGUAUUAAUGGUGUGACCAUAUCUGUCGCGACUGCCAGAUAG